CAAGGCACCGGCAACACCGAGCGGAUCUUGCGCGCCGCCGACCACCACCCCGCCUCCGCCGCCGUCCCUCGCUCGUCAUCCCCGCGUUCCUCUUCCAAAUUAACAUCGACGACUUCGCAGGGCCUCUUCCUCGCCUAGGUGCUCUCGUAUCGUAUCAGCCAUGCCGCCCGCGACCGCGACCGCCAGCCUCUUCCUCGCCUAGCGACGGCCGUUUCUUGCGGCCGUCACCCUCCGGGAAGCAGGACAGCGAGAGAGGUGGUCGCGCGGACUGCACGCGCCGCCGCCAUGGGCAUCCAGGACGCGCCUAGCGGCGGCAGGUCCCUCGCCAGCGUCGGCUUCGCCGGCGCCGGCGCCGGCGCCGGUGUCGGGACCGGCGGCGGCUACAAGAACCUCCUCGUCAUGGCGCUGCCCAAGGACGACGGCGCCAAGGCCGUGGAGGUCGUCGGCGCCGGGCUGCCGGACGUCGGGGAGGCCGUCAGGGCAUUUUUUAGGAGUAGAGAGAUUAGAGAAUUUGCUAGUGGGGCGUUAGCUGGUGCUAUGUCUAAAGCUGUUCUUGCUCCCCUGGAAACCAUCAGGACAAGAAUGGUCGUAGGUGUAGGAUCCAGACAUAUCGGUGGUAGUUUUGUGGAGAUCAUGGAACAAAAUGGGUGGCCAGGGCUUUGGGUGGGUAAUACAAUCAACAUGAUCCGCAUUAUUCCAACUCAAGCAAUUGAGCUCGGGACAUUUGAAUAUGUCAAAAGGGGCAUGAAGUCAGCACAAGGGAAAUGGAAAGAGGAUGGAUGCCCAAAGAUACAGCUCGGUAAUAUGAAAAUCGAGCUGCCACUCCACUUGCUAUCUCCAGUUGCUAUCGCCGGUGCGGCUGCUGGGAUAGCUGGCACAUUGAUGUGCCAUCCUCUUGAAGUUAUCAAGGAUCGCUUGACGGUCGAUCGAGUGGCUUACCCUAGCAUUAGCAUCGCCUUUAGCAAGAUAUAUCGAACUGAAGGUAUCGGCGGUCUCUACUCUGGCCUCUGCCCGACUCUAGUUGGGAUGCUUCCUUACAGCACAUGCUACUACUUUAUGUACGAUACAAUCAAGACCUCCUACUGCCGCCUACACAAGAAGAAAUCAUUGAGCCGUCCCGAGCUACUGAUCAUAGGAGCUCUGACAGGUCUGACCGCGAGCACAAUCAGCUUCCCGCUGGAGGUGGCGAGGAAGCGUCUGAUGGUGGGAGCGCUGCAGGGGAAGUGCCCGCCCAACAUGAUGGCCGCCCUGUCGGAGGUGAUCCAGGAGGAGGGCCUCCGAGGGAUGUACCGCGGGUGGGGCGCAAGCUGCCUGAAGGUUAUGCCAAAUUCUGGCAUCACCUGGAUGUUCUACGAGGCCUGGAAGGACAUCCUCCUGGCCGACAAGGACAAGGCCCGCGAAUAGCUGGCGAGGAGUAGUCGCCGGAGAAGGUGCUAGGUGGUACCCCAGAAUAAUGUUACCCUAGAAUAAUGUUCUGUCAGGUGUGUGGUGGUUCUGUGCUCCUUUUCCAGUUUUCGAACCCCGCAUUUGCCUGUGCAGAGCGGAUAGAUAAGAGGAAACGCCCCAGUGCGUGCUGCUUCUGUUUGGCCGAUGACUGGGAAGCAUUUGCUCCAGAUAUGCUUGUCAGUAGUUUCUCUGAGCCGCCAGGUGGUUUCAGGAGAAAGGUGUUGAUGUGUCAUCUGCUGAUCACAGGAAAAGGAAUGGUCGCAUGGUAAAGCUCCA